GUUUUGUACUAGAAUUAUUAAACGGUUGUAAUAAGAGCCAUAAUUAUGCCUAAAUUAUUUUUCUUUGUUACUGUUCUUGGGCUUAUAGCUAAGGGAUAUUCGCUGCCAAACCCCGAUGUGCGCAUAGUAGGGGGCCAAGAUGCUCCUGAGGGCCGUGUGCCCUACCAGGUCUCCUUACGGGUAUUUGGCUCACAUUUUUGCGGAGGAAGCAUUCUCAACAAGCGAUGGGUGCUAACUGCAGCGCAUUGUACUGAGAGCACGGCUCACUGGCUGAUAUCAGUGGUGGUGGGCACUAUCAGUCUCUCUAAGGGAGGAGUCCGUUACUCAGUGGACUUGGUGUCCGUACAUGAAAACUAUGACAGUCAGGUAAUCACGCAAGACAUCAGCCUUAUCCGCGUGUCCAAAGACAUCAUCUUCAACGCCUUAGUGCAACCCAUCGCACUGCCGGACUCGGACACUGAAGCCGGAGCGCCUCUGUUCCUGAGCGGCUGGGGCCGGAUCGCAUACCCAGGCAAUCUUCCUGACCACCUUCAGAUGAUCAACCUGACCGCGUUGAGCGUACAAGACUGCCAAGAGCGUUUGAUCAGCAUCAACCCGGUGUUUGAGUCCCAGAUAUGUUCCCUGACUCAGGCUGGUGAGGGAGCUUGCCAUGGCGAUAGCGGGGGCCCUCUAGUGGAAGGAGGGCGGGUAGUGGGGGUGGUGUCGUGGGGCAUGCCGUGCGCGCGCGGCUACCCCGACGUGUACACGCGCGUGUACUCCUACACCGCCUGGAUUCUCGAGCGGAUCUCGACUGAUGAAUAGCCUUGUAACUUAAAUAAUGGCCACCUUUGUAUUUUAUACAGCUUUUUUAUAAUUCCUGCGGGCAUAAUGAAAGUGGUUAUGAUAAUGAUAAUGUAAUGGAAGUAAACGUCACUUCUUCAAAGAGACGGACGCUUUUGAUAUCUAUAACGUCCAUCUUACGUUCGCUGUACUAUUUUGAAAGAGGAACCCAUUUUUCGAAUAGGUAUUAGAUUAAAUAGAAGCCUACAAAUAUAUUCUUUGCUACAAAUCUAUAAGUGCAGAUGUUACAACAACUGGACUUGCAAACCUACUUUUCGUAUUAUAGUUUCUGACAAAUAAGUGUUUAAAAUGUAUACAUAAUGUUUUUGGUAUCGUCUUGGGUCGUCUAAUUCGUUUUUUGUCAAGUUGUAACUAUGUAGACGCACUAGCUGAUCUAGUUAACAUAAAUAAUGAUUGACACAGCUGAUCGAUCUAUAAUAUUUUCAUAAACUUUAAAACCUCAAUUAAUAUGUACAAAUGCUAAUUAAAAUAAAUACAUGUAAGUAACUAUAAUGUAUGCAUUCAGUAAAUUAAUUUUAAAUAAAAGCCAAACAUUCUCACGAGAAAUCCGAAACAACAAACAAAAAACUUAACAGAGUCAAGUUUCGUAGUAGGCCAUUAAUCAGAAAAAGUGAUUCGCUGAAACCAAAGAGAAUGGAAAGUGUAUAAAGAAUUACUGUCAGUGAAUUUUGUAGUCGCGAAGGUUAUGCUGCCAUCUGUUGACGCAGUAUUGAAACUAAAGAUGAAAAUGUAUAAAAAUAUCAAUAAAACAUAUAUAUUUACAUAUAGACAUAAAUGAUUUUGGAUCGCCAUGUGUUUUGAUCCGUGUUUUUUUACUUUGAUGUGCGUUAGAAUUGUUAAAUAUCAAGGGAGUGGCGCCAUCUGUUAGAGAGUAACUUUGUCUUGAUUUCCGAGGCACGGGGUUUCUUUUGACUUUGCUUGUCUUAUGGGAAACACAUCUCUUUGCUAAAACUACUCAAGAUUGGUACUCGAGUUUAAAGGAAAUAAAUAACUAAGAUCUUAUAUCGAAGUGCAUCUAACGCGUAAAAUGCGUCAAACGCGUUUCGUUAAUGUCUUUUAUGGUUAUAAAUAUCCCCACGCCAAGCUGGGAACUGGUGAUUCUAUUUUUGUCCGUCGGAUUGUCACGAUCUCUGGCUCGCCCGUAGACGUUAAAACAAAGGUGUUAUUUUAACGAUUUGAUGUUUGACAUUACGUAGCUACUAUGCUGCUUUUUGUCAGACUGUUCAAUUGUUAGUUCAGUGUAAAUACUUACGUGUGUUUUGGUGUUUUUUGUGUUUUAGAGCCAGAUUAGUGUCUGAUUGCACGGUCAAUCAACCGGAAACGCCUAACCUAGCGGUGAUAAGCAGGCUUUUCCGGGAAUCCAGUAGAGUGUUAGGUCCAGGUCGCGAGAGGGGCCUGGCGUCAACCUUUUUACCUACACAGGUGACGAUUAUACCUCUUUCGUUCUCUUCAAGGUCUGACAGAGGGAUGUGAGGAUCUCACGUGUGGAUCAUUAAGAGUAAUCUUUACUCACUGAAAUCUGUUGGUAAUUGAAGAAGCGUGGUCUUGUUAUAUAUAUUUAUAUAUUCACAUUUUAUAUUUGGAAUAGGGCGCCUUAUUCGUCAGUACCCUUGGCUACGGCCUACACUGCGGAGGGAGGCAAUCACACAGACACUAGGGUUUGCAAUACCUCGGUUUUGUCGGCCGAACGUUUACAGCUUAAAUUAGGGUCCCUCUCACACACACUCCUCCCUGUAAAGAUAGAGGUUCGCCUCUAGAUUUACACAUUAGAAUAGGGACAUUGGGGUAGAGUUAGGGUAGAGUCAUUAUUUGGGUGUUAGGGUUAUUAUUUCUUUCUUAAUUAUUAUUUAUUGUCUCACAUAUAUUUUGGUUACAUACAGUGUUAAAAUCAUUAGUGUUAAUUGUUUUAAAAUACAGAAUAAAAUUAAAGUCUAGAUUCAGUAGCAUAUGGAUGGGUUACUGAGGCUCGUACAUUAGAUAUGAUUUAAAGGUAAUACAUUAUUAUAUUGGGUGCGCUGGUGGCCUAGCGGUAAGAGCGUGCGGCUUGCAAUCCGGAGGUCGCGUGUUCAAACCCCGGCUCGUACCAAUAAGUUUUUCGGAACUUAUGUACGAAAUAUCAUUUGAAUUUACCAGUCGCUUUUCGGUGAAGGAAAACAUCGUGAGGAAACCGGACUAAUCCCAAUAAGGCCUAGUUUCCCCUCUGGGUUGGAAGGUCAGAUGGCAGUCGCUUUCGUAAAAACUAGUGCCUACGUCAAAUCAUGGGAUUAGUUGUCAAGCGGACCCCAGGCUCUCAUGAGCCGUGGCGAAAUGCCGGGAUAACGCGAGGAAGAAGAAGACAUUAUUAUAUUGGGUGAGAUAGGGGAACAAAGUUAUUUGAGGACAUACUAAAUAAUUUUGUUAUAGGGAGCUAGUGACAGGCGAAGCAGUUCACUAGUGACAAUUUGAGCUUUUCUAUAUCGGUAUCGGUAACUAAGGGUAUCAAAUCAUGUUUAAUAGACGAUUGCUUCAGUAUUCCAUACAUUUAUAGUAAGAAUAUUCAGAUGAGUUUCUUGGCGUUUCUUCUUGUCUGAAAAUAGGUUCCGAAACGCAGAUAAAAGUAAAUAUUACAUAGUGCUUAGGAAUACCUAUUAAAAACAAAACAAAAUAAAAUAGGUAUUAUUUAGUUUAGAGACCCGUCUUCAUCCGAGGCGUGACAGUAGAUAAAGUAUGUUUGUACGUAUUAAUAUUUGCAUCAUUUACAUAUAAAUAUUUUCCUUUAGCUAGCUAGGUUAGCGAAUGGAUAUAAAAGGAAAAUAUAUUUUUUUUAAAUUACAAACAACUAGGGCUUACACUACUGUUCACGGUAACUGGUCACGGUAGGGCUCGGUAGGAGAUAAAUUCUAAAAAUAUAAUUUAUUAUUUAUUUUUCAUAUGAUUUCAUUUUUCAUACGAUAGUGUUAUAAUAUGGAAAUAUAGUAGCAAUAUUUACAAUUACAUAGGGUAUUUUAUGGGUAAUAUUUUAAAUCCAAAUCUAAUCAGUCUGCACAUAAAAGACGAUGGGUACAAAGGUUCACAACGUAUUAAUUUCACUAGACGAUCACAUGGCCAAAUUAAUCUAUUUUUCUUAAUUUAUAAUCAAUUCUGGUUGAGUUCUAUUAAAGUAGAUUAGUUAGUAGAGGGUUAAGGUACAAAGUUCUUAAAUUAGUCCUAUUCUGCUUUCGUCACCCAUUCUACAUUCGUCACAAUCGUCGGUGGCUUUCAAUGUAGAAUGCGUGACGAAAGCAGAAUAGGACUAAUGUAAGAACUUGACGAAAAACGAAUGGGACGACCAAAGACGAUACCACGUUUUUAUUUGGUACCAAAUCUCCUUGCUACAGUCUGGCUACUGAAAUAUUACACAAAUGUUUGGCGGGAAAUUCAAAAAAUCUUGGGCUGGUCACACUUUGUGUAGUAGGAAUUAUAGUUUUGAUACUAGAAAAUAUUUUUGAUUUUCUGUGCACACGUAAGGUACCUAAGGAUAUAAGUUAAAUAUACGUUGACGUGCACUCAAAGUCAGCUCAAAUAAUUUCUACCACUAUGUAAAGUACAGUCAACGAUACACACAUGUUAACACUUUCUCACCAUAUACCAUAGUAACAAGGCGAAAAAUGAAAAGUAGUGUAAAUAAGACCUAGCUCGAUAAUACCGUAAUAUUAAUCCAUCAAAAAAAAAUACACAAGUAUUGCCAAAUAUGCUAAAUGCUGAGUAUCAAAAUAUUUAUAGAGCACCAACCUCCUAAUUUGUUUACAUUUGCUUAGGAGUUGUAAACAUUGCAGUUUUUCGUUAUACAACGCUACACGUCGACUUCGCACAUUGUCGUAAUUAUUUACGAACUUAAAUAAUAGUUUGCGAACCUUACUCAGUAUAGACAUUAUUAAUAUUAUUUAAAAUAAACCCCUUAUAAACCGCAAACAAUUUGAAUGAAUGACAUAAAUUGACAACUGACUUUUAGCUUUUUUUUUAAUCAUAGACAAUUGGUGAUACAAUAACGAAAUAUCCCUCAACAAUAUUUGGCUAGCCAGACUUUAGUUAUUAUAAAAUAAUGCAAAUAACCUAAAUAUCUUGAAUUGGAUCAGUAGAUUGGCCAAAUGAUCGUUUAGUGUUUAUGUAGAACCCUUCGUCGUAACCGCUAAUAGUAACCAAAAUCCUUUUCGCAUAAUAGGAAAGAGUUAUGAAUAAUACGCCUAUAAAUCCUAAUAAUGUCAAAUAAUUAUUAAACCGAGAAUUAUGUCAGAGUAAUAAGAAAUAUCAUUGCAGGUUAUAGUAAUGUUUGAAUUAAUCAGAUUAAGUCUGUAAUAAAAAUGUAAUCAGUAAGUAUGUCGUAAUUAAGUAAGUUUGUAGAAUGUCAUAGUCAAAUUGUCAGUAAAGUAUGUCAAAGUAAGUAAAGUCUGUAGAAUGUCACAGUCAGUAAAGUAUGUCAAAGUAAGUAAAGUCUGUCAAAUGUAAUAGUCAGUUGGUCAAAGUACAAUUACUAAUAACUAAUAAAUGUCACAAUAUUUUGUUUUUGGGGUAUAGAUGUCGCCACGCCACCGCGACAUCCGUGAUCACCAUCCAGUUGCAGGUCAGAAUCCCCGCCCCAGUUCUGAAGGAACUAUAUUGUGGUCCAGAAGGGACAUCUUUUAAUAAUGACAGGCCAUCACAUCACCAUCAUUCGACCAUGUCAUUAUUUUGUGACAUUUUUCGUCAACAAUGAGAGGAUAUUUAAAGGGACAAUUUAACAUAACAAAAUACUGGUAGUAGAGCAGCAGUAUUUGAUCCACUCCAAUUCCCAAGAAUACUGUAAUUUUGUAGUAUGCGUAUUUUAAUAUUCAAAGAAAUGAUAUUAUCCAAACUUUAGCUGUAGUCAUUUUGAAUCACACUUUCGGACCAUAAUAUUCUACGAUCGUGCAUCUGCCUUGAUCUUAGCCCGGAUAAAUCACUCAUUGAAAUAAGGUUUUAUGAUAAUACGACCCUAUAUUUUUAAGGUCAAAUGUGAAAAUUACAGAUAAACUGCAGAAAACAGAAUGUAAUCGUCAUACAUACCGCUAAGGGACAGGCAAAACAAAUAUUUCUUUUAUAAGCAAAUUGAUUCUACAAUACUACAUUAUAUUGUUGUUAUUAACUUUAGUUUUUCCCACAAUAUAUUUCUACCAGUAGCGUUGCAAAGGACAAAAUAUAUACAGUCAUGUCAUAAGUCAAUAUGUCAAGUUUGUCAAUAAGUCAUAAAUAAUUAUAUGUAAUAAAAUCCUAAUAAUCCCUAAUCCCACACUACAUCCUAGCUUACUCUAAUCUGAAUUUAACCCAUAAACCCAUAAUUAUAAUCGCACUACGCAAUUAAAAUAGCCAUAUCAAAUGUAUCGAAAGGGAUCCUAGCUACCUACUGUAAAUAUCUAAUGGCUUAAUUACAUACUUAAAUUUAUAAAUCCAGGUGACUCCUACAAUUCCCUUAGCAAACAAAUAUAAAAACAAACCUAACAGCUAAUCUAUCCAACUACUCUACCGAAAUAUUUGCAAACUAGUAUCCCGGGCGGGAUACACAUUUAAUUUACUCGCGUAAUUACUCGAUGUGCAAUGAGUAAUUUCUAUGCUAAAGCUAACCAAGACGAAUGAGGAAGCUCGAUUUAGUCUAGACCUUAAUUCCUCGUGUGCUAGCUAUACAUCCACAGAGUGGAUUGGGAAAGCAGACAUAUAGCCGGAAAAGGUAAUAUAAAAGUGAAUAUAUAAGUAUAUAGAUACGGGAUAAUUGGUCUAGAAUCUGGCUUUUUUAAGAAGUCUAGAUGACAACCCAAAUCUUCCAGAUCCUAAGGGGUAAACUUGUCUUAAUAAAUGCAGGAACUGUCAGGUCCCCACCUGAUAUUAUCAAAAACACCGCAAGUUAGUAAUAUGAGCUAUAGUUGCCACCGUUAGGUUAUCCGCUCAAACUUACUAACCCCCCAACACUAUGUUGGAUCGAACUAGUUCUCUCUACC